AUGAAUUCAAUCUACUACAAAAGUUUUCGUUUAGUUCUACUUGUUUUAUUCUGUCCAUGCUUUUGUCUGACAUCACUUUACCAUUGUAAUUUUGAUGCACAAACAUCGGACGAUUGUUUAUUCCAGAAAACAUUGGAUGCACCAACUCUAAUUCGAGCAACUGCUCAACUUCAAGACGAAACGUCUAUCCAGACAUUACCUGAUAGCAUAUCUAUUCGCACAUAUGGAUUUGUUAAAACACCUAAUGUUGGUGCAUUCGAUCAUACUUAUGCAGCGUUAGUGAAGAACGGAGACAAUAGUAUUCAAUGUCUCGAUUUUUAUUAUUACAUCACUGACAGUUCAUACAAUGCUAGAAUUACUGUUGAAUGGGAGAAAGAUUCGACGAGACAACCAAUUACAGAGUUGAAAGCAACACUUAAUAACAAAUGGCAACAUUGUCGAUAUUCAUAUAAUCGACCAUCAUCAAGUAGCUAUCAUGUAAGUAAAACAUUUGAUGAUAUCUGCCAAUGA